AUGGCAGCCUCCUCCAGCGACCUGCAGGCUCUGCAGCUUGAGAAUCGGAACCUGCAGCAAAAGCUCGACUGGAAGCAGCUCAAGAUCAACCAGCUCGAGACGAAAGUUCGCGAUCUCCGCGACGGCGGCCUCGCCGCCAACCUCGAGCGCCUCGAGCGGUCGCUCUGCCGGCUGUCGCUGCAGAUGGAGCACGUGCAGCUCGUCAUCAAGAAGCCGGAGUGGUCGUUUCACACCUUUGCGAUGCCGGAGACCACCGCCUCCUCGGCGCACACCAUCUUUGUCCGGCCGCCCAGCGGGGAAAGGCUCGAGGUGACCAUCCCGCCGGGCAAGCUGCCGGGCGAGCUCUUUACCGUGAUGCUCAAGGACGAGGACGCGUUCCCGCCGGACUGGCCGUGGGACGAGGAAGAGGCAGACGAGGCGGCCCUCCGGAAGAAAGCCAAGGCAAAGGCCGAUGUCGAGCGGCGCAAGGAGCAGCGGCACGCCGCGGCCGCGGCGGCAGGCCGCGAGCCCGGCCAGCGUGGCAACCCAAACUGGGUCAAGAGCGACGCGCGGCCGGCACGGCCGGAGGGAGGAUCCUCCUCCUCCUCGACCUCGGCGGCCGCGAUCAGCCACCUGUGGGCGGUUACCGGGGUCGCGGUCAAGCUCGCGACGGGGUGA